AUGUGUAGUAGUAUCUUUGUGUCAUCAACAACAACUAUGGACAAUUACCAAGGUGAUUUAACUGACAUAAUCAGAGCUACUGGUACUGGAGCUGGAGCAUAUAGUACAAUCACUUCAUCAUCAUCUUCUGAACCUCUUUUACAACAUCAUCAUCAUCAUCAUGAUAAUCAGUGGCAUCCUCAUCCUCAACCUAUGAGUUUCUCUAAUUCCAUUCUUGAAGAUAAUAGAUCAGGAUCAACCAACAACAUCAACAUGAACAUCAACAUGAACAUGAACAUGAACAUGAACAUCUUUGGUGAUCCAUUAUUCUCAACUUUAAGAGAUCCAUUUCUACAAGAGCUUGAUCAUAUACCUUCUUCUUCCUACUUCAACAUCCCAACUAGUAGUAUAAUUGAUGUUGCAGCUUCUGGUGUUAGUGUUACUACUAAUUCAUCAUCUUCUUCUGUUUCUGCUUCUGCUUUUGUACUUGAUCAAGAUCAUCAUCAUCAACAUCAUCAUCAUGAGAUGAUGAGAUCAGGUUCAAGGCCAUGUAAAAACAUAUUCUCAAACAUGAUUCAGAUCUCUCCUAAUGCAACAAAGCUAUCAAAUUAUGAAUCUUCCUCUUCAACCAUGGCACCUUCUCCAAGACAAAUUAAACCCGUUGUUGCUGUUUCAACCAACAUCAAUAUUAAUGCUAAGGAUUCUCUUCUAGACAACUCAGGAGGAACAGUUCAGAUCUCAUCUUCAAGGAAUAAUACAGGCCUUAAACGAAGGAAAAAUCAAGCAAAAAAGGUGGUAUGUAUUCCUGCACCAGCAGCUGCAAACAGUAGACAAACUGGUGAAGUUGUUCCUUCAGAUUUGUGGGCUUGGAGAAAAUAUGGUCAGAAACCCAUUAAAGGUUCACCUUAUCCAAGGGGUUAUUAUAGAUGCAGCAGUUCAAAGGGUUGUUCGGCAAGGAAACAAGUUGAGAGAAGCAGAACAGAUCCAAACAUGUUAGUUAUAACUUACACUUCAGAACAUAAUCAUCCAUGGCCAACACAAAGAAAUGCUUUAGCAGGUUCAACAAGAUCUCAACCAUCCAAAAACAACACUUCCAUGAAAAACUCAGAAACUUCAUCUCAACCACAAAAUGACACACCAACAACAACAACAAAGCCAAAAGAAGAACAACAUCAAGAGAGUGAUGGAAAUGGAAAUGAUUCACCAGUUGUUAACAGUGUGAAGGAAGAGAGUAUGGAAGAUAUAGAGAAGUUGCAAAUUGAGAUGGAUGAAGGAGAUCGAUUCAAUGACGCACUUUCUUAUAAACCUUGUUUGAUGGAAAAUAAUCAAAGCCAUGAGGAUUUCUUUGCUGAAUUAGGUGAAAUUGAAGCUGAUCCAUUAAACCUAUUGUUUAAUCAAGGUUUUGGUGGUAAUUCAAGUAAUGAUAUUAUUCAUCAAAGAGAUCAUCAAUCCAAGAGUUUAGAUGCAUUUCAUCUCUUUGACUGGUCAGGUGACAACAACAACAACAACAAUUCCAACAACUCAUUUGAAGAACCAAAUAAAAGAAGGUUAUUAUGA